AUGCAAAUAACUGGUUUAUAUAAAGGACGGGCAAUUAUUAUAAAAGACUCUUACAGUGUUAUAAAUAAGAAGCUUAAACUAUUUCCUGCUAUGUUUAACUUACAAACAGGACCGAAAGAAGUAUUUCCAUAUAACUACUACAGCAGUGUUUUGUUAGCAAAUGACAACAGAACUGGUGUCAUUUCUGAAGCAUGUAAGUUUAUCCAUGAUGCAGAUACAUUCAUGAAAAACAUAGAUUCCAUCAAAGGUUGCAGAAUAGAUGAAAACCACUUCGACUUAGAAAAAUAUAGCACGUUUUACUGCAAACAAGAUGUAAGAAUUUUAAGAGAAGGUUUUGUAAAGUUCCGCAAUGACUUAUUGAAAGAGUUUGAUUUAAACGUUUAUGACUACGUUAGUAUUUGUUCUAUUGCUAACAAAUUGUUUGAGAACAGAGUAUACUUCCCGAAUGGAAAUCUUUAUGACCUCUCAAAUAAACCAAGAGAAUUUAUUUCGAGAUGCAUUCAAGGUGGAAGAUGUAUGUUGUCAGAUAACAUGAAACAAAAGAGCAAAAAGAAACUCAUUGCUGACUUCGACACUGUUUCAUUAUAUCCUUCAGCUAUAGCAAGACUUUAUACUUUAGAAGGUAUUCCAAAAGUAUUGAAGGAAGAAAUGUUAAGCACAGAGUAUCUCAUGAGACAUUUAUUCGAUGAUGACCAAAAGGAACCCAUUGGUGAAAAGUUUAUGUCUGGCUUCUUUGUUCUCAUUAAGAUAACAGAGAUUGGUAUACCCAGACACUUUCAUUUAAUAGUUUGCGACCCUGAACUAAAUCCAGAACUUAACGUUCCAAGAAGUUCAAACACUUGCUGUCUCAUGUAUGUUGACCAUAUAACAUUACAAGACCUCAUAAAAUAUCAAUGUGUCAAAUGUGAAGUGUUGCAAGGAUACUAUUACGAUGGAAACAGAGAUAUGAGAAUAAGAGAUGAAGUAAAGAAGUU